AUGGCAGAAUCAAUUGUAUUUGACAUUGCGACUGAAGUUCUGACGAAGAUAGGCUCUCUUGUGGGUCGGCAGGUGUCCUUGUUGUGGAAUCUUGAAAGUGAUUUAAGAAGACUUGAGGGAACCCUAAGCUCUAUCAAAGCCGUGAUCUCGGAUGCUGAGAAAAAGCAGGCAUGCAAUGAUCAGCUGCGUGACUGGCUUAGGAAGCUUAAGGAUGUUCUCCUUGAUGCUGAGGACGUUUUAGAAGAAUUCGAGUUUCAAGCUCCCAAGAGGGAAGUGGUGAGACAAAAGAGGAGCACAAUAAGAAAGGUAAGUCAAUUCUUUUCAAGCUCUAAUCCUGUUGUUCUUCGAUGUCAAAUUAGUCAUAAAAUCAAGGAGAUUAGAGAAAGGCUAGAUCAGAUCGCAAGUGAUAGGAGUAGAUUUUCUCUUAUUGAGAGUACUCCUGUUGAAGUUAGGCCUGUAAUUUUAAAGGGGAGGGAGACUGACCCCUUCUUGGGAGCUUCUUGUCCUAUUGGAAGAGAGGAUGAUAAAAAACAGAUCAUGAGCUUUUUAAUGCAACCAACCGACAAUAAUGUUUCUGUCCUUUCAAUAGUUGGAAUUGGGGGUUUGGGUAAAACCACUCUUACUAAAAUGGUUUAUAACGAUGAAAAAGUAAAUAAGUUCUUUCCAUUAAAGAUGUGGAUAUGUAUAUCAGAUGACUUCGAUGUCACCAGAUUGAUGAAAGAAAUUAUUUAUUCUACAACAGAUGAGGAUUGUAAUAAGUUAAAAGGAGAUAAAAUUCCCAAGCGUCUACGGAAAAUUUUGACAGGUAAAAAGUUUUUGCUUGUCUUGGAUGAUGUUUGGAAUGAGAAGCCGCAGAAAUGGAUUGAAUUGAAAGACUUACUGGUGAAUGGUGUCAAUGGAAGUAAAAUUAUUGUGAGCACGCGAAGUAAAAGAGUUGCAGAAAUAAUGAGCACUGGUCCCUCGCAUUUUAUGCAAGGUCUUUCCAAUGAGGAAUCCUUGUCAUUAUUUAAGAAGUAUGCGUUCAAAGAUGGAGAAGGGAAAGAUUUUCCAAGGCUCAUUGAAAUUGGGAAGGACAUUGUAGGAAAAUGUAAAGGAGUUCCAUUGGCUGUGAGAUCUUUAGGGAGCUUACUUUACGCAAACACGGAGGAACGUGAGUGGUUGAAAAUAAAAAAAAAUGACAUCUGGCAAGUGGAUCAAGAUAAUGAAGACAUCUUACCAGUAUUGAAAUUGAGUUAUGAUCAUUUGCCAUCCCCCUUGAAGCGAUGUUUUACUUAUCUUUCCUUGUUUCCAAAGGAUUAUAAUUAUGACAGCGAUUAUGUGGCCUACUAUUGGAUGGCACUUGGACUUCUUAAAACCUUUGAUAAAACUGAAGAGCUAGAAGAUGUUGCUGAUCAAUAUAUGAAAGUUUUAUGGUUAAGGGGUUUCUUAGAGGAUUUCUUGGAUCGUGAUUGUUGUUGGACAUUUAAAGUGCAUGAUCUUAUCCAUGAUCUUGCAAUAUCAAUGACAGAAGGUGAGUCCGCAUUCAUAAAUUUCGGAAGCCAAAAAGUUGAUGGGAAAUUGCGGCAUUUUUCACAUGGUGACACAGAGUUAUGUGGUGAAGAAUUUCUACAACUCAUAGUUGAUAACUCAAGGAGUGUUCGAAGCAUUGUCUUCCAGCAGCAGAGAAAUACGGAGAUGCACAAGAUCCCUGAAUCUAUUUGUGAACUUCAGAACUUGCAAAUGUUAAGACUUACUGGUUGUUUUAAGCUCAAGAAGUUGCCUAAUAAGAUACGAAAGAUGAUUAGCCUUAGAUACUUGGAAAUAACCACACAAGAGGAGGUUCUUCUAGAAAAUGGAAUUGGAUGUUUGAGUUCCCUUCGAUAUUUGUGCAUAUUUGACUGCAAGAGGCUACGGAGUUUGUGUGAAGGGAUGCAAGGUCUGAAAAGCCUUCGAAAGUUGUUUCUAGAUGGUUGUUCUAUGACCUCGUUACUUGAUACUAUCAAAUACUUGACAAAAUUAGAGAUGUUAAUGAUUUUGAGGUGCCCCAAGAUUAAUUUGAAGAUGGAAUUGCAAGGAGAAGAUCGUGAGCUGAGGUUGAGUCUUAAAAAAUUCAUAAUUAAUGAUUUAAAAUCAUUGGUGGAUUUGCCCCAGCUUCUUCUUCAAGUAUCUGCUCACACUCUAAAGUACAUGUCGAUUAAAGAUUGUGGAAACUUAGAAGCACUACCAGAGUGGUUUCAAAAUCUCACAUCACUUGAAAAACUUGAGAUUACAACAUGCCACAAAUUGUCAUCUCUUCCAGAAGGGAUAGAACGCCUUACUUCCCUCAAGGAAUUGAGGAUUGAAGAUGGUCCUGCUCUGAUUGAAAGCUGCAGAAAUAACGAGUUGAAGAUUGCUCAUGUUCUAGUGGUUCGUCUUAUUGAUGAAUAA